CGUGCGGUCAUAAGACUCUGCUAUCUAGCGUUACGAACUUAUCUGCAGGCAAUGCGACAUUUUCCUGGCUGAUAAUUUUCAUAUAUUUGUUAGUCUUUAUCUUACUGGAUGUUGCCCGAGGUGCCUGGACCAAUAGCCACGCCAGCGGCUGCUUCAUGUGUUUCUCCAGAUAUGGCGUCCGGCACGCCUCCACUCGAUCAACAGGCAUUCGCUGGCUCUGAUUCGGAGCUCUCUCAAGCUCAAGUCUUGCAAAAUGAGGAGGAACAAGCGUUAGAGAUUCAUGAGGUCAUUGAGCUUCAGGCAUUCAGCGAGCGGAAAGCCUGGAUAGAAGAUAAAAUCAAAUUCUUGGAGGCACUUCCUCCUAUCGAGGUUUUUGUCGGGCUGGAUGCCAUACGAACCUCCGCAGAAGACAUCCCCGGUUUACCCACGCGCAAACAGCUUCAGGAAUGGCUUGCAGAACACGACAGGAUUGAGAAAGAGACAGAAAUUUUUGACUCUGGGGAGCUCAAGAAACUUAGGGCACUCACUAAAGCGGCUACACAGAGGCAUCUUUCACCAGAAGACACUGACGUUAUCGAACUCACUCUCACGACCAUCUAUGAACUCGACAAGCUCCUCCACCUCCUGCGGGACCGCUCCGAAAACCUUGAUCUUCUGGGUAUUAGGCUGACGUGGGAAGAGCAACGUCGCGCAGCCUGGAGUGACCGCCAGAAGAUACUUGCAGACAUUGAGAAUUUCCUCACUACUCGUGCUAGAUGGUCGCCUUCCGUGUAUGAAUUCAUGGUUAAACCUGAAGAAAAGCCCUCAAAUCGUCGUGGCUCUGUUGCUUCCAUAGCUUCAGAUACGUCUGUUACGUCCAAUACUGGUUUCUCUCGCAGCGCCCGUUUCAAGCUUGCAGAACUCCUUUCGCGGGAUUCGGCACAGGUUGCUGGCAGAGUGUCGUCUCUUAGGCAUGGAAAGGUCGCUGCGGCUGGCAAAGCUCUAGACAAGUUGAUAGACAACAGUCGCAGGGCUGUUCCGGAGGAGCUACUGGACGAGCAGGACAAACUCGAGGACAAAGGCAUCAACGAGAUGGAACACGUCGGCAAAUUUGUCAUGAAUAUUGUUACGCAAUGGCGGAAAGCUGAUGAAAUCUACGUCGAAACAAUGAAAGAUGAGAAUGCUGCCCAAAACCUUUUGGAAGAAAUCGAAACUUCGAAGCUUUAUCACCCGACUUUCCGCCAGAGUACCAGCUUCCUUUCCCGUGCAGAGACUCUGGUGAAAAGGCUUGCUGUGAGGGGUAAUCCUAUCGCAAGUGGCACCUUCCCGCGACCACAACAUGUUCUCUUUCCUGACCAACAAUCAGCCAACGAGGCGAUCAGUCAAAUCUUGUCCUCAGAACUUGCUUCUACUUCGAAUCUCGUUGCCAAGGUUGAUUCUCUUGCUAAGGAGUACAGAGUUGGUUAUGAAGCUGUUAAGGAUGUCGAGUCCUUGUCCCGGUCUGCUGAUAAACUAAUGGAAAUCUUCAACUCCGCUAUUAAUCGCCUUGAAAAUGGAGUCACUGCCUGUGAUGGUGACGGCACCCCUCCUAGUCUCAUAUCGGAGGAUUGUUUGCAUCCUACGGCUCAUUCCGCAUUCAUUACUUUCCUACCAUCAAUCACUCAAGAGGUGGAGCAAUCAUGCACUCAAGCCGACCAUCUACUGCGAGCCUUUCGGGUGGCACUUCUCAAUGCAGAGCGACCCGGUAUUGACCAAACAUUCAAGGACAAUGCCACCGCUCAGAUUGAGGCUUUAGUUGCUGUUCGCGACAAAGCUGCUGCUAUUUGCGCUGACGUGAACACAAGACUCGGCAGACUCCGUGUAGCUAGGAGAGUUUGGUCGAUCAUGGAUGGUGUUUUGAAUGAACUGGAGGACACACGGAGCGAGGUCGCCGACCUAAUGGAGAGAGAAAGAUGGAAACAGACCAAUCAAAGUGCAGAACCUCUGACUCCGGAGACGCCACCUCAAGAUGUUCUUCCUACACCCUCAGUGUCGUCUAGCGACAUAGUGGGUCGUUUAGAGGUCGUUUACCAGACCCUCACAAAUGAUGUGAUGCAUCCCCUGGCUACCUUAAGUGGAAUGCUUGAGAAGCCCCUGGACGAAUUCCUCUGUCGUACCUCUGAAGGGUUAUUUGGUCACUUGGACAAUUUGAAGCAGAUGGUCGUUCUCCUGGACGCUAUUCGGUCACAAUAUGCAGCUAUGACCUCUUUUCAGGACAGCGUUCACGAGCUCCAGGUUCGGGUUGAGGACCUCAAGAUCCAUUAUGAUGCCACCAUCGAGGAAAUUCUUAAUGGCCAACUUUGUGGGGAAAGCUUGGGUAACGCGCAGGAUCAACUAAAGGACGAGUCAGAUGCGCUUCGUAAUACUGCCGACGCAUUCACGAACACCGUAGCUCAGCGGAUACCGUUCCUCUCUCAGCAUGUAUCCGAUCAAAGGAACGCACCUAUUCUCGUUCGGAAAAGGUUUUCCUCCGCAGGAAACAUAAAACUCAUCUCAUUCGAUGUACCAGCCACCAUCGAACCACCCUUCACGUUACGCAGCCUUGAUGACGCCGUUCGAGGAGACUCCAAUUUGCUAGUUAUGCAUCUCUUAGGGGAUGUACAAAGCCUCGAGCAGAAGACUGAACAUCUUCAGCUGGCAUGCAUGGCCAAAGAUGUUGAUUCUGAAUUGACCUUGGUGGCUGAUGACCUGCGUGGUGUCACUGAAGAGCUUGGCUCGCUGAGAACACUACUGGACUCUAUCUCUCAAGCAGACGAUAAGCUUACUCCGCUGCAAGAUCUAUCAGAGGAGCUUGACAGACAUUCAUCGCAACAUCGUUCUCGCUUAUCGCGCCGCCUCUCCUUGAUCCGUGAAUCCUUGCGCCGAAUGGAAUCUUUGCCUUGUUCGCACGAUCAUCGUAUCUACGAGACUCUCAUCAUGUCACGAAGAAGGGAGGUGGAUAACCUUGAGGUUAAAUUGAGUACCUGGGCCGAUAAUGCAGCUAUGCUUCGGGGCAAGCUGUCGGUUGCGCUCACCACGGAGGCAAAACGUAUCGAGGCUGCUAAACUCAGAGAGGAACAAGAAGCGGAAGAGAGAAGGCAGCGGGUUGAACUCGAACGCAGGGAGGCGGAGGCGAAAGCCAAAGAAGAGCAAGAACGCAGAGAGGCGGAGGCCAAGGCCAAAGAGGAGCAAGAACGCAGGGAGGCAGAGGCGAAAGCCAAAGAGGAGCAAGAACGCAAAGAGGCGGAGGCGAAAGCCAGAGAAGAGCAAGAGCGCAGAGAGGCGGAGGCGAAAGCCAGAGAAGAGCAAGAGCGCAGAGAGGCGGAGGCGAAAGCCAGAGAAGAGCAAGAGCGCAGAGAGGCGGAGGCGAAAGCCAGAGAAGAGCAAGAACGCAGAGAGGCGGAGGCCAAGGCCAGAGAAGAGCAAGAACGCAGAGAGGCGGAGGCGAAAGCCAGAGAGGAGCAAGAACGCAGAGAGGCAGAGGCGAAAGCCAGAGAAGAGGAAGAGCGCAAAAAAGCAGAAAGGCUAAGGAUUGAGAAGGAGCUGCGUGAUGAACAACAGGCGCGGGAAGAGCGUUUGAAGGCCGAGCAGCAGCAAGCCGAGAUGGAGCGUCAGGCGCGAGAACGCGAACGUCUUAAAGCUGAGGCUCAAAGAAAGGCGGGCAUUCAGCUACAGGAAACCGAAUACCAGGAAAGAGAUGAAUCGCAACUAUUUGAAGAUGUAUUUGGGUUGCGUAUUGCUCCUUCUCCGUCACCGACGAAAACCCAUCAGAGGGGCGAUCUGCUGGAUAAAGUUGUCUCGCUGAGGAAACGACUUCGUUCUAUCGGCAUCAAUGAGGUUGCACAUCCGGCAGCUAAUUCGAAUUCUUCCAAUCAUCUACCAACUCUGGAGCAAUACGGGAAGAUGAAUGCUCUCUUUGCGUCCAUAGUUUCUGAAGUAUCCGAGCUUGCUGCGUUACCUUCUUCGAUGUCAUCCCCUGCCGCAGAUAUGGAGUUGCGAUCGGCAAAUUCGGAAGUCGAAGCAUCCACCGAGCUGAUGCAACGGAUUCGACAAUUAGCCGACCUAUCUGAUGUCGCUCAUCGUUGCGAUAUGGCUCUCAGCGAUCUGCUUGAGCACAUUGACAGCUACCCUUCUCCUCCUGCUGGACCACUUUCUAGCACGCAUGUCUCGACCUCACGUUUGCCUCCAGAAGAACAACUUGCAGCUCGCCUUGCUUUCACGAAGCGCAUUGUUACUCAAGUAGCGGCAUACAUAGAAUCAGUCAAGGACGAUGCUCGCGCCAGUUCUGAAUAUCGACGUGUUCAGCAGACAUGGGUCGAGUUGGAAGAAAUGGCUCACGAUAGGAUCUGCGGCAAGAAAUCCCGUCCUACUAGUGUCCUCAGCUCUGGUAGGAAUAGUAGUGCAUCUGGUAUCAGCUCUGGGGCGACUGGUCACGCCAGAAAGGCCAGUGGUUAUUCCAAUCUCUCAGUAAGAGGAUCUGCCAAUGGGCGUUUCCUAGCUCCAGCGCAUCCAAGCCCCCGCCGAGUAGCGUCUGGCGAUUUGCAAACUCGACCCCGGCCGUCCAGCAAACUUUCUAUGCUAUCUACCGCUAGCAUGUCAAGAUCAGUGUCACUAGCAGGGCCAAUGGCAACGCCUUCAUCAUCAUCUUCUCUGCACGGUUCAACUUUUGCAUCUCGUCAGCGUACUGCUAGUCUAUCUGGUAAUGCAACUCCCAACACACCGACGAAGCAACCUCCAGUUCCUACCCGUCCCCGUGCGCAGACACGUUCGAGGGCCUCCCCCACACCUUCGGAAGCUUCUGUCGUCGCACGGUCCACCGCAAGUCACUCAAGGUCAUCUUCAUCCAUGUCCACGUGGGCCCGCGCACCGCGACAGUCAUUUCCCGCGUCAAACAAAGUCCAGACACCCCCGAAGAAAAUGCAGCCACAAACACGGAAAACCUACGUCGCUAAUCCCAAGAACAAACUGGACGUCGCGGUUGGAGACGUCGUCAACAAAUUGCCAGUCAACAUCAAUAUCGAGGUAGUCGCCGACACUUGGAAGGAUCAAAGCGGGAAGUAUUGGAUUGGUGAUCAAGAGCCAAAGCUAUGUUUUUGUCGCAUAUUGCGCUCGCAGACUGUUAUGGUGCGUGUUGGUGGUGGUUGGCAAGAAUUAUCAAAGUUUAUCAAAGAUCACUUCGCAGAUGUGUUUCGUAUUAUGCCUCCAGAGUCUCCUCCCAAAUUUGGCUCUCCCCGCUUUGGAUCUCGAGAAGAAAAGUGGAUUAGCUCCGCGACUUUGCUCGAAGCGCCUGAAAUUGUGACUACUCCUCCCCCCUGCACCCCCGAACCUAGGGGACCUUUCCUUCCUUCCUUCACCAUCUCGACUCCAGGAGCGCAUAGUCCACAUUCAGUGAAGUCUACGCCAUCAUCGGGAUCUCCCUUGGCUCCGCUUCAGUUUCUGAGGCGAGCGGAUCCUGACGCAAUGCGCCCAGUAACGCCAUCGAAACCACAUCGACCUCGAAAAAGCAUUCCUAACACCCCAGCUCGGCAUAAUCUAUGGAGACCAUGAUAACCUACAAUUUCUUCUACUCGCAUAUUAUCCAACUGACUCUGUUGCCGAUACCUCCCUCAUCUAUUAAUUAGAUAUUCGUGUUUCAUGUAUCAAACACAAUUGUACAUUGAUACCACUAAGUUGCACCACUUUUUUGGUUAUGUAUUUGUUUUGUUGUUUAGGCUUUGUUGACAUCGCUGAGGCCUGGACUCAACUACAGUAGUUUCCUUUUAUGAACAAUUUUAAAUCUAAAGCA